UUUUCCCAAUUGUCGAGUUAGUUUUACCAAAAAAUCUACACGAGAAGGAAGUUCAGUAUUCAAAAAUUAUAUUUCUAAAAAUGUCAAUUUUCAAUCUGAUAUUUUUGACAGUGCUUGUUGGAUCGUGUGUCGUCUUGACAGAGGCGCAGACAUUUAAAUAUAAACAAUUGACAGUAGACGAAUUAAAAAAUUCAUGUAGAAAAAAUAAAGUAAAUUUAACGGAGCUAGAAAAAAUUCAUAGCAAUGUGGAAAAUUUAUUAUAUGAAAGUAUCACACCAACUAAAAAUCCUGAUGCUUUGAAGAAGGAUAAAAAUUGUUUGGGCGAUUCUUUGCAAGGUCUACUGAGAAAAGAAAUGUGGUUUGUAAGACGAUGUCUUAAUGGAAGUAUUCAAUUAGACAACAGCACCGUUCAAAUUCUCAUUGACGAAAGCGAAAGGAAAUUAUGUGCCCUCAGUCGACUUGCCUCUUAUGAAGAAUAUCUCUCAGAAGUUUGUCUUAAUUCUGAAAGAUCGGAAAAAUGUCAACUAAAUGUAAUGAAAAAACAUAAAAUGGAAAAUACAAAUGAAUUCGCAAAUCUAGGAUUAUCAUACACUGAUAAAGGACGCAAAGCUUGGAUAGAACUUUUUGAUUGUGCAAGUGGUGAAGUGAGUAAAACUUGUAAUGAGGGUCAACAAAAAAAACAUGCACAACUAACAAAAGAAUUUAUUGAUAAUUUAAAAAUAAAUCGUAUACGUGCAACUAUGAAACUUACUCCUGCUGAAGUUGCAAAACUGCGAAGUUAAUUACAAAAUUAUAUUAAAAAUUA